AUGUCAUUCGAACAUAUUAACUUUCCAGUUUUUGGUCAAGUUGACUAUUUUGGUAAACAAUCACAACAACAAUUACAACCACAACAACAAUAUACACCAAGCCAUGGUGGCAAAAAAAACACAUUAGACCCAAUUGUAACAGGUACAUCUAUUAUUGCAAUUAAAUAUGAUAAAGGUGUUGUUAUGGGUAGUGAUAUGUUAUUAUCAUAUGGCUCACUUGCUAGAUUCAAUUCAAUUCAAAGAAUGACCAAGUUUGGUGGCAACACCAUUAUUGGUGCCAGUGGCGAAUAUAGUGAUUUCCAAUCAAUCACAACCACUCUUAAUGAAUUAGUUACUGACGAUCAUUGUAUGGAUGAUGGUUCAAGAUUAAGCCCAGAAGAAAUUUGGAAUUAUUUAGCUCGUAUUUUAUAUAAUCAAAGAAAUAAAGGUAACCCACUUUGGAAUACUUGUGUUGUUAUUGGUUAUCAAGGUGGUAAAAGUUUCUUAGGUAAAGUUGAUUUAGUUGGUACCUGCUUUAAAGAAGAUAUUGUUACUUGUGGCUAUGGUUCACACAUUGCUUUACCAUUAUUAAGAAAAGCAAGAGAUGAUAAUCCAAAUAUGAAUUUAGAACAAGCAAAGAAAUUAAUUGAAGAUUGUUUAAGAGUACUUUUUUACAGAGAUGCUAGAUCAUCAAAGAAAAUUCAAAUUGCUGUUGCUGGUGAACAAGGUAUUGAUAUUUCAGGUCCAAUCGAAUUAGAAACUUAUAAUUGGAAUAGUGGUGAAGCUGCCGUUAAAAAUUUUAGCCAAGUAUAA